ACAUGCCGGAGACUCCUGCUCGGUGGGGUUGGAUGACGAAGAUAAUUGUCUCCCAUAUCAUCGUUGUGGUGGGCCUUAUAGCCAACUCCUUGACCUUCGCUGUGAUGAAGAAUCCACGACUUCGUUAUAAAUCCUACUCGCAUUAUCUGAGUGCUCUGGCAGUUUUUGACAGUUUGGUUCUAGUGUCACAAGAGAUACACAUGGUGGAGGAAAUCAUGUCGGUCCCUGGACUAUUUGACAGAUUUUCGGAUGAUGCUUGCAAGAUCUUCAUAUUUGCCGACGCAGUCUGUAACCUGAUGUCGUCAUGGUUGAUCGUUGCCAUGGCAAUGGAGCGGCUAUGUGUGGUGUAUAUGCCGUUUCGUCGAAACAUGUGGUGCCAACAGCGAGGAGCCGUCAUCAUUAUCUUCAGUCUGUUCUGUGUGAUGUCCUGCACUCAAGUGUUCAG